GUUGAGAUGUAGAUAGGCUGGAAACUGUGCAUUAGAUAUGACGCAGACGCUAUGACUGCUUUGCAUAGCAGGCGGACACAAACGCAUGGAAAGUUAUGAAGUCAAAUGAGUUCGAUCAUAUUUAAAGAGCUGCGAGACACAAAAUACACUGUAAUGGGUGGAAUUCAUCCGUCGUGAGGGGAUCCAGAUUUUAUUCAAGCCUCGACAGGGUGUUUCUUUGAGCACAUCUGCGGUUUGAUUUCUUUCUCUGCUGUUGGGACUGAACGUCGUUGUAAUUUGUUUAGUUUGGCGAGUGGAAACAGAGGCACGCGUACAUUAUGAAUAUUGUAACUGAAGUGUUCGUGGUCACUUUUAAAAUAAUAUGGUCGUUCGUACUGGCCGGUGCUAAAUGGUUUAUUCCCACACGAGAAAAGAGUGUGGAGGGUCAAGUGUGUGUUAUUACUGGCGCUGGAAGCGGUCUCGGGCGACUCUUUGCGCAGGAGUUUGCCCGGAGACGAGCGACCCUUGUGCUGUGGGACAUCAACCGAGAGAGCAACGAGGAGACCGCGGAGACUGUGCGUCAAAUCUACCGAGAAAUCAAGCCCUCCGCUGGGUCUUCAGAUAGUGUUGAAGAGUUGCCUCCGUUCCAGCCGAAAGUUUACACGUAUGUUUGCGACGUCAGUAAACGUGAGAGUGUGUAUUCGACCGCAGAGAAGGUGCGCAAAGAGGUGGGCAACAUCGACCUGUUGAUCAAUAAUGCUGGAGUUGUGUCCGGACGUCAUCUUCUCGAGUGCCCUGAUGAGCUUAUCGAGAGGACUUUGAUGGUCAACUGCCAUGCUCACUUCUGGACUGCAAAGGCUUUCCUUCCCAAGAUGCUUGAGCUGAAUCACGGACACAUUGUAACUGUAGCUAGCUCAUUGGGUUUGUUCACCACUGCUGGUGUGGAGGACUACUGUGCAAGCAAGUUUGGAGCCAUUGGCUUCCAUGAGUCUUUGAGCCAUGAAUUGAAAGCAGCUGAUAAGGAUGGAAUAAAGAUGACGCUGGUCUGUCCUUUUUUAGUUGACACUGGCAUGUUCAGUGGCUGCAAAAUUAGGAAAGAAAUGGCACCAUUGUUUCCACCGCUAAAGCCAGAGUACUGUGUCAAACAGGCCAUGAGAGCCAUACUAACAGACCAACCAAUGAUCUGCACGCCACGAGUCAUGUACAUGGUCACCUUCAUGAAAACUGUUUUGCCAUUUGAUGCCAUUGUGUGCAUGUACAGAUUUAUCGGAGCUGAUAAAUGCAUGUACCCCUUUCUGGCUCAACGCAAGGAGUCCACGAACAACAAUGAAUCUAAGACUUGAAUCUAACGGUUCUGACUGAGCAACGCUGCUAAAUUGUUAGUUCCUCUGGAACGCUGAAAGCUGUACAUUGAAUUUUUUUUUCAGAUUACAUUUUAAUGUCAUCUUUGAGGCUGCAAUAAUUUCAAAUGUAGAACACUAUGUAGCAAUUAGCUUUUAUUAUGAAAUGCUGUGUUAAAGUAAGGUUGCUUAAGGCCUGACACCUAUUUAUGUAUUCACAUUUUAUUUGUCCAGUGUUGUUGCUUUCCUCUCAACAUUCCAAGACUUUGUCACUUUAGAGGCUUUAUUCUCCUAAUAACACUAUGAAAUGCACUGAAAGUAUUGAAAGUGUUUCCCCUUUGUGGUUUGUGUUGAUGAUUUGGGAUAACACCAAUGAUUAAAGCAAAAGAUUAGCAGAAAUUGCCACGUGCUUUUUGUUGAAUAAACAGCCUUUAAACUAA